AUGUGGCUCUGGAAGUCCUCCGUGUUGUUAGCUCUCGUCGGGGGUAAAGGAGUAGUGAGAGGCAUGUGUGCUCAAGUGGGGGAUUGGCAGACAGCAAAGUCCAUCUAUGAGUUUUCUGCCAAAGACAUAGAUGGCAAUGAGGUCUCACUGGAAAAAUACAGGGGAUUUGUGUGUAUCAUCACAAAUGUGGCCUCCAAAUGA